CUAAGCAGGAAUAUUUUUCCUUUUGAGACGUGGACAGGAAUGGUUCUACUCCACAAUGUACCGAUUUUUUAAUUUGUCUGAAGAGUUGUUUCCACUGACAUUCUAAGCCGUCCAGUUAAAGUUCAGCUUUGCAUCUAGAACUAGAAUCCAUUAUUUCUGUCAAGAGUAUUCUACUUGCCUACAAAGAGUGAUUCAAAUUGGACUGCAGUGGUUGACCGAAAAGGAUCGAUUGCGAAAUGAUAUGGUUCUUUCUCUCUGUCUCUAUAUAUUUAAGUUGUUGAUAACAUUAUCUUCUCUUAUUCUACUUCAAUGGAUUUCAGGAAUCUAUGCUAUGCCCACUUUCAUGAGUCUGGAAAGAAUCAUAUUUCCUGAAGUCUCCAAUGGCUGCAUUAUAUACUCCAUCAUUUCCAUUCUCCAACACACCCUUUGGAGUUUUUGGUCUCCAAGAAUUUAUCGACGAACAGGAGCAUUUCUCGAAGUGGCUGGAUGGCAUCGAAGAGGAUAUUGAAGGAGCUGAAGGAGUUGCAGAGAGAUCCUCCUACUUCAUGCAGUGCAGGUCCUGUAGCAGAAGAUAUGUUUCAUUGGCAAGCAACCAUCAUAGGACCAAAUGAUAGCCCUUAUGCAGGUGGUGUCUUUGUUGUGACCAUCCAUUUUCCUCCUGACUAUCCUUUCAAACCUCCAAAGGUUGCUUUCAGGACCAAAGUAUUCCAUCCAAACAUAAACAACAAUGGGAACAUCUGUUUGGACAUACUCAAGGAACAAUGGAGCCCUGCACUCACCAUAUCCAAAGUCCUACUCUCCAUAUGUUCACUGCUUACGGAUCCUAACCCAGAUGAUCCACUGGUUCCUGAAAUUGCACAUAUGUGCAAGACUGACAAAGUUAAGUACGAGUCAACUGCUCGGUGCUGGACCCAAAAGUACGCGAUGGGAUGAACCCGGAACGUACUUCUUCUUCUUCCUCUAUGAUCUGACAAAACCAAAGAUUGCUUAGGCUAAGCCAACUGUUACAUAAGAUUGUGUUGAGCCCAAAAGGCCAUUACUUGUUGAGUUGAAUGUUUUGUAUGCCAGGAAUAAAUGGUUGCCUCCUCUGGAGUUGAUUCUUCAGUUCUAAAUAAAAAAUUUCCUUAAAAUCCUA